ACUCUGUAGUUGGUUGAGUUUGAGUAAAUGAUUAUUAUUUAAUUAUCAACUUAGCUAUUCAUUUGACCAAUUAUCCUGCUCGUGAUUGAUUUUUUUUCGUGUAACGUGAAAAUUUUCGAUGAUGUUUACUGUACCAAGCUCUCGACUGAUGAAAGAUGUUUAUUUGGGAUUGUGUUUCAUGAUGAUAUUCGCUUCAAAGAGUGGUUUGGACAAUGUAACGAAAACAGUUACAACGAGUAUUGAAAAAGACGACCCAUCGUGUCAUUUAGACGGGUACAUCAUGGCCGGAAUCGGAUACACUGCACUUUCUGCGGGAAUGUGGUUUUCUCCAGCAAUAGUUGCGGCGAUUGGUCCAAAAUUCGCUAUGGUAUUAGGCACAAUUACAUUCGUAUUCUUCUUGUUGACCAUGUUAGCUGAGCAAAGUUUAUGGAUAUAUUUCUCAACGGCGUUGACCGGUUUUGGAGGUUCAGUUUUGUGGACUGGGCAAGCUACUUAUACUGUAUUAAAUUCAGAAAUAGGCAGAGUGUAUAGGGGAAUCGGUGUGUUUUGGAUACUAUACCAAUCUAGUCAUUUUCUCAGUAACUUGAUCGUCUACCUCAUAUUCAAUGACGUCCACCGGUCGAUCGACAGAUCGAUGAGAUUACAAUUAGAAUUGAUUCUGCUGUGUUUCAACGUGGUUGGAGUGUUAAUGCUGUUUGGUCUGAGACCACCGUUACGUAGUAAACAUGAAAACGCCGUUCGGUCGCCGUUUAGCGAAAUUCUGAAAUCGUUCAAGAUUCUAUUCUCACCUAAAAUGAUGAUUUUAAUCGUAUCCAUGAUUAGCAUGGGUCUUCAUUUCGCAUUUUUACAUAUUCUCUGCGCUAGUAUGGGAUUUUCCAAAUAUCUAUCAGCAAAUUCCAAAGAACUAGCUCCACUUUGCGGUCUACUCCAAGGAAUCGGCGAAGUGUUUGGUGGAGUAUCAUCAAUUGUAAUCGGAGGAAAAACUGUGUUCAAUUUACGAUCUCAGAUGACUUCUGCUGUCUUGUGUAAUAUAUUGAGUUACAUUAUUGUAUUCCUGGCUUUACCGAAUACUGCUCCUCAAACGUAUACCGAUGAUUUACCUAUCAUGAUGUUACCGAUCUGGGUACUCGUAUUUGGUGCGUUUUUAUCCGGUUUUGGAGAUGCAUGUUUACAAACAGAAAUGUACAACUGCUUAGGAACCAUGUAUCCAAAUGAUAGUCCAUCAGCAUUCGCAGCGUUCAAAUUUAUUCGAUUUACUGCAACAGCGAGUGGUUUCUAUUAUAGUGAAUAUUUAGGUUUGUACACCCAGCUCAUUAUUUUGAUCACGAUGAACGUCAUUUCGUGGAUAUUGUAUCAUUGUGCUCAAUGGUUUUCGAUCAAUACAGCAUCGAAGGAUGAAAUUCAGCCAGAUAACGUAUCCGAUGGACGAACGAUAGAAACUAAAUAAUAGGUAAACAUGAAACAUCGUUGAACAAAAUCUACAAAAUAGAACAAGUUCAAAUUAAGUAACAUUUGAACGAUUGAGUCGAUUGAAUACUUAUAAUGACGUAUAUUUACAAAUAAGCAUGUCCGAAUAUUCGAAAAAAGAUUCGUUUUAAUUAUCAUCACGUAUAAAUGUUUUUUUCUGAAAACCACAACUUAGCAUGUCCGAAUACCUAUCCGAAGCGAGAUUCGUUUAAUUCUCAUCACGUUGAAAUUGUUAUUCCUGAAAAAUUACUCGCUCUCAAUAAAUACCUACUUACCUAUAGAACAAAUUAGGUGAGAUAUGAGUAUGACAAAGAUUUCGUUGCAUAAGUGUUUUGAAGUGAUCAUAAAAUAUUACUCAAAGUUGAAGUGCUGAAUUUGCAAGUUUUCGAAAAGAGUUGAUAAAAGUUGAAGAUCGAGUGAUAAUUAAUUAAUUAAUAAUAUACCUAAGUAUCUAUAUAUAUAUUGAAUUAUCUUAUCGCGUU